AUGACUCAGAGUGAGCCACCAAUGGCUUGGUUGUCGUCCUUCCUUGGUCUCGUGUCGAAACAUGAUGCUGAUGAUCUGGCUCCUCCCUUGAGACUGCUCACGAGGCAAGAGCAGCUCGAGUUCGUGUGGAAUGUGUCGCCUCCUCGACGAAUCGUCGAGCUCCAGCUGACGAUUGAGAAGCUUGAUAAAUGGGUAGACCUCGUUGGGUCUCUCAUCGAUUGCGGACUAGAUUACAAUCCAUCAGGCUCAGUUUCUGCACUCGAAGUUUUUUACGCUAUUCCAUUGGCCGGAACAAAGGCUGACUGGCUCAACAACCAGCUCAAGCCAUGGUCUAACUUCAGCCGCGGCGAGGCAUCAUAUACUGAUGUUCCUGGGGAACAUCACACGCUCAUGGAUUUUGAGCACGUCCUGCAGUUUCAGAAGAUUUUCCGAAGUCGUCUCGAGGCUCGUGGGCUGUAG